UACGCAUGUCCGUUCACCUUGGCCUCAGUCUCAUUCCUUAUACUCCACGUUUCGCGUAGUCAGGUCAUUCAUUCAAUUUUCUCCUGCAAUAUUUCUCGUUUUUCUCUGCACUUGGGAGCUACACCAUCAUGCCACCGGUAGAACAAAGCGAAACAACGCCACAGGACGAAGGGAAAGGGAUCAAGGCCGUCCUUUUGGGUCCACCAGGUGCGGGCAAAGGAACACAGGCUCCAAAACUAAAGAAACAUUAUGGGGUGUGUCAUCUGUCAACAGGUGAUAUGCUGAGGUCUGUGGUAGCAUCAGGAACAGAGCUUGGCAAUAGAAUCAAACAGGUCAUCGAUGGCGGUAACCUUGUCAGUGACAGUAUCGUAAUUGAGUUGAUCAACAAGCACCUAGACAGCACAGAAUGCAAAAAUGGUUUCCUAUUGGACGGAUUUCCAAGGACCAUACCACAAGCAGAGAAGUUGGAUGAGCUCCUGGCCCAAAGGAAGACGCGGUUAGAUUCGGUGAUAGAAUUCAGUAUCGAUGAUUCUCUCCUGGUGCGACGGAUCACUGGACGGUGGAUACACAGGAAGAGCGGAAGGUCAUACCACGAGGAGUUCAACCCUCCCAAGGUCCAUGGGAUCGAUGAUGUGACGGGAGAGCCGUUGAUGAGAAGAGCAGACGACAACGUGGAGGCCCUGAAGACCCGCCUUAAUACGUACCACAGGCAGACGAUCCCAUUGGUGGAUUACUACAAAAAGAAAGGUCUUUACACGAAACUCGAUGCUUCCCAGAAACCAGAGAAUGUUUUUAGUGACAUUAAAAAAGCAUUUAGUGCCAGUCGGCAUAAAACUGUAUUUCUCCCCCCAAGCAGUAGUAGUACUGCUCCAGCCAAGAAAGCUCCAGUAAAGAUGGAGAGCUCUUCACCAGCUGGAGGCAAGUUUACACUUUUUGCUGCAGAGAAACAGGAGGGGCAGUAAAAACAAGAGUAAAAGGCCGGUGUGGCAAUGACAGGUCUUAAUUAGUCAGCAAUUAAUUUGUAACAGAAUGCUGGUUCAUUGAAUUAAGUGUAUUAAUAAUAAAAGGUCCAAUUUUUUUGUGUAAAUGUGUGCACACUAACAACGUAAAACUUAAAAAGGAAAAUUAUUAAUUUGAAAAACGGUUGUGUUUGAGAUUGUGUUGGCAGCCAUCUUGUGAUGUCUGCUUUCAUGUCAAAUGAGCUCUCAUACACAAGUUUAACGAUUUGUAAAACAAGUGUAGAACCUUUAAUUUUCUACAUUUCAAUGAAUUACCAGCAAAUUUGGGUAAUUAUUAAGUAACAAAUGUUUUGAGGUUCUAAAGCCAUUUAUAGUUAGUUUAUCAUCGAUGUGGAGACAAAACUUUUUUAUGAAAAAAAAAAUGAAAUCCUGUUGAUAGUUGCAUUUUUAAGACCAUCCAUGCAUUUGCUCUUUUGUAUUUCAAACAAAUCCUUGAAUUUUUAAAAUCUUAGUUUGUCAUAGAUUUAUUUUUUAUCAGAGGAAUAAUGUGGCCAAACUUGAUAACUCUUAAAACAUAUUUUUUCUACUUUUUGAAACAAUUUUGUUUCCUAAGUAUUCAAGCAGACCAAAUUACAGUUCUUCAAAAUAUUUAGUUGAAUUUGUAUUAGUAUUAAAAGGAGAAGGGAGUCAUUAAGAUAUAUUUUAUUUAAAAAGAACUUGACAAAAUUAACUGUCUCAUUUAUUUUGGCAGCAAAAUAUUUUGUGAUGGUAUGUUAUAUUAGAUUUUUGUACACCUGUUAAGAAUAUAAAAAUGAAUGUAAAUUUGGGAAAUUAUACUGUUAAGAAAGCCAGAUGAUUUAUUAUAAUUAUAAAAUGCAAGUUUUUUUGUGUCAUGUAAGAAAUAUGUUACAGCAAAAUGAAAGGCUUUGUUAAAAAAAAGACAUAAUAGGGUAGAUUCCAGAUUCCUCAAAAAUUGAACUGAUAUUUCCAUUUUCUACUAAGGAAGAGGUUAAGAUUUGAUUUUAGUCUCUUUUUAUGCUGUGUAUUUUGUUCAUAAUGGGAAAAAUAAGUGUUUGAUAUCUUAAGUAAUGUUUUUCCCCUUAUGUGAUUUGGUUGAGAUUUUACUUCAAACAUCCUUAACUUUUUUUUUUCAAAUGGAGACAAGUCAUGUUUUUUGCCCUUGUACUGGAAAAUCAUUUUCCAAUGGGAAAGCCAGUCAUAUUUUUACAACUUUUCAUUCACCCAGGCCAUAUUUUUUCUAUAAUUGCAAUAUCAAAAUAUCUGAUAUUAUACUUUCUGUUAUUAGAAUACUGGACAAACAUAUUUAUUUAUUUAUUUUGAUUAUUAUUUAUUCUGCUAAGAUAGUGCCUUUUGUUAGAAUUAAGAUGGUUGGACAGCUCGAGAAAUAAUGACAGGAAGAUGUGAUUGUGAUAGUUGUGACAUACAGAUUGACGUCUGAUUGUGUUGAGUUCAGUUUUGAGUUGUUGAGGCAGCUAGUGCAGUCUGAACAAUUGUUGGACAUCUCACCCCUGCUCCGAAAUUCCCCUCUGGUGAAUGAUUAAAGAAAAAGUGCCAAUUUACCUCUCAUCACAAAUCAAAAUGUCUGCCAUGCUUCGUGUUUGCCAUUAAAUAUUUUGGAAGGAAACAAGACUUUCACAAAGCAGUAUUUGGAUGUUAUAUAAUCCAUGGGUAUUUUUGAAGGGAAAGGAGGGGUGGGUUGUAGGAGCAGAUUGCUUUGAAUGAUACCAACACGUUCUAGCUUGCUCAGUUUUCAUAGCUGACUUUAAUGGAUUUCUUAGUCAAAUUUGAAAUAAUUUUCUCCAUUGUGCAAUUCAAAAUUGCUUAUUUGUUUUAUUUGACUUAUUUCAGUGUCUGCACAAUUCAAUCAAAAUGUUGUCACUAAAUGGAAGCUCAUGGCAAGUUGCAAAUUAAAUGGUGCUGUCACUUUUUAUUGAGAACACGCAAUCACUUUAUUCAUUAUGUGUAAUAAGUGAAACGUUAUCAUACCCCAAGCUUCUUAUUUAUUUUAGUAUAUUUUGAGAAUUGCUGAAAUAUGUAAUUUACAUAAUGUA